AAAUUGGCCAACAAGUCAUUUCACUGUCUUCACCCUUGCAAAUUCAACGUAUUUCUUUCCCUUUUCCGUCCAUUAUUAUAAUCGCCGCUGUACAAACUACUUUCUCUCUCUACUUCAUAUACACACAUCUUUCUCUCUCUACCUCUCUAAGUUAGGUUUUUUUUUUUUAAGAAAAUAAAAAUCCUUUCUAUCCCCUAAAACCCUAUACGUUCAUAUAUGAUUAGUGUUGUGUUCAGCAAUUGAAAACUUUCUCUAUUAGCCAUGGGGUCCACUUCUGGGGACGCCGGAGGCGGUGGUUAUCCGGCACAGGCACCGGCUCCGAUGCCAAGCGCAAAUGCUCCGCCGCCUUUUCUGGUGAAGACUUACGAUAUGGUAGAUGACCCGAGUACUGACAAGAUUGUUUCGUGGGGUCCCACCAACAAUAGCUUUGUUGUUUGGGAUCCCCCUGAGUUCGCCAAGGACUUACUGCCAAAGUAUUUCAAGCACAAUAACUUCUCCAGCUUCGUUCGUCAGUUAAAUACUUAUGGUUUUAGAAAGGUUGAACCAGACCGUUGGGAAUUUGCUAAUGAGGGAUUCUUAAGAGGUCAGAAGCAUCUGCUUAGAAAUAUUAGUAGGCGCAAGCCUGCUCACGGACACACUCAGCAGCAGCUGCAUGGUCAAAGUGCGUCGGUUGGGGCUUGUGUUGAGGUUGGAAAGUUUGGACUUGAGGAAGAGGUUGAGAGGCUGAAAAGGGACAAGAAUGUGCUUAUGCAAGAGUUGGUUAAGCUGAGACAACAGCAGCAGACUACCGAUAAUCAGAUGCAAACAAUGGUGCAGAGCCUUCAGGUUAUGGAGCAGCGGCAGCAACAGAUGAUGUCAUUCCUGGCAAAAGUUGUUAACAGCCCUGGAUUCUUGGCACAGUUUGUACAGCAGCAAAAUGAUAGCAAUAGGCGCGCAAUGGAAGGCAACAAGAAACGCAGGAUUAAACAAGAUUUUCCUUCAGAUGAUCUUUCUGUUAGCCCUGCUGAUGGGCAGAUUGUGAAGUACCAGCCUGUAAUGAAUGAGGCGGCAAAAGCAAUUCUCAGGCAGAUAAUGCAACAAGAUUCUUCCCCAAGGUUAGAUAACUUAAGAAACAGUCCUGAAAGUGUACUCAUUUGUGAUGGUUCACCCCAAUCCAAUGCAUUAGACAGUGGAAGUUCCAACCGAGUUUCAGGAGUCACUCUUCAGGAAGUUCCACCCACUUCUGCCCAGCCAUUUGCAAGUGCAACUUCAGCUGUUGCUGGUCAAAGUUCAUCGGCUUCCACAUCUGAGAUCCAGUCAUCUCCUCUCUGUAAAUCUUUUGAAAUUGCCGACAUUCAGUUUUCAGAUAUGCGUUCCCUGGUUGGAGGGAACGACUUACCUCCUGUUUCACUGUCUCCAUCAGAUAUGACUAUGCCUGAGCUCUCACAGAUACAAGAAAUUGUACCUGUAAACAAUAUGGAUACUGAUGGAUCAGAGAUGGAGAAUGGUUCUUUCGUAGAUCCCACAUUGGAUGGAAAUGGAAACUUGCCAUUGGGAAUUGAUACUUUUUCUCCCGAUCCUCAAAACGAGUGGCGGAGUACCUUGAUGGACGAUAUAGGAGAGCUUCCUAAUUUGGGUGAUCCCUUCUGGGAAAAGCUUCUUCAAAGCCCACUCCCUACCGAGACAGAGGAGAUGGACUCGGUUGAAAUAGAAGAUAUUAAGACUACUGAAACUGAGCCGCUAAAAAAUGGAUGGGACAAAGCUCAGCACAUGGAACAUCUCACUGAACAAAUGGAGCUACUAACAUCAAACAGUAAAAAGGUAUGAUAAAAGGUCACCAAAGAAAAUGUACAUGAGGUAAUCUAGAAAUCUCAUCUCUGUUAUGGAUCAUGGGCAGCUUCCCAUAAGAUAUUAGCUCUAAUACCUGCUUUCACCUUUGCUCCUGGAUUUCUUUGCAUAUAUAGAAACGUGUUUAGCUCCGUUGUUCAUCUGGAUUAGUCUUAUGUGGUUCACCUCAGAUUUUUUGUUUCUUCCUUACAUAAAGCAGAAUGGACCUACCAUAGUAAUUUUUUUAUGAAGGUUCCCUUUUUCCCUUUUUCCCUUUUUAGUUUUUCACUGUAUAAGUCUCUGGUCAUACAAGUUUGUAGAAAUUACAGGCCUCUUAAUGCUGCUAACCGGCCAAUGCCCUUUUAACCUUCUAUGUACUAGUCUGUUAGCAACAUCUUUGAUUGCAAGAUUGUUGGCUUUGAAGAGAACUUAA